AUGAGGGAAGCAUUCCUGCGUCGUUCCCAGCAGACCCUGCUCGACCUCCGACUGUGCGAUGAUCCCGAUGGUCACCUCGACUCUGUGGUGUUGGAGUGCGCCCCCCGUGUCCGCAACCUAUCCAUCGCCUGCUCGUCCUUGAGCCACAAGCAUCAGCCUUUCGAACCAGGCUCAAAGUUCCUCAAUCUCGAGUCUCUCAGCAUCACUGCCUAUAAUCUCCCCGACGGCCUUUUCCCUACGAGACCCCCGAAGCUGCGCACCAUCAUUCUGGUCUCAGAAAAAUCCCUUCCUGCGCUCCCAUACGCAGCACUCACACGGCUCGUCAUACAGCAGGAGAGCGCGUUGUCGAUCAACGACGUUCGGGAAGCCCUAUCCGCCUGUGCCUCUACGCUCAAGGACCUAGUGUUCUGCAUCGACCACGCGUGGCGUUACUCCAGCGGAGACGCGCUACCCCCGAUCCACCUUCCCCGUCUUGAAACGCUCUUCGCUCGCAACCCCGGCUAUCUCCUCGAGCUGCUCUCGAUCCCUCCCUCCACUGCCGUGACGCUAGAGGAUUGCGACCACAACGUCCCGGACUGGUUCGUCUCCGGCGGGAGCUGGACGACGCUCGCGCUCGACUACGGCGCCGAAGAGAUCACUGCCGUGCUCACGGAGUCCCCGGCGGACGCCCGUGGCACGCCGCGGAGAACGCUCCGGUACUGCACCACGCUCUCGAGGGAAGACGUCGAGCGCGCCAUCCUGGCACUCGUCCCCUGGACGCAGCUCGAGACCGUCGCCCUGCGCGCGACUGCCCGGAUGCACACGGCGAUGGCGUUCUUGGCCCACGGCUUGCGCCGCACGCGCGGAGGGAUAGGCAGACUCCAGUCGGUGUACGUGGCCUCCAGGCGCUCGAGGAAGGUCGAAGCCGUCGCGGCGGCGGUCAAGGAGCUGGGAGAGGUCAUCGGGGGGUAUCCGGAGGCGAGUGAGGUGGCGCGCCGGGAACCGUUGCGGCUGGCCAAGCUGGAGAUCUGGGCGGGGAAGAGAGCGUUUCUGGAGCAGCUGUGCAUCGGAGGACAGCCAACUGGGGUGGAGAGGGUCGUCUUGCACUGUCCAGAGACGGCGGAGCCCUGGGUGCAACAGAUGCAACGUGAGGUUCCCCAGUUGGAAGUACACGCGUUGAAGGGCGCGGCGGUGAAGGAGGCUCGUCUACCGGCGCUUGACGAAGCCAUCAAGGACGGUAUGUAUCGGUGGUGGGAUUAA